AUGCCCUUCUAUGCGAGUAUGAGGCCGGCAUCAGCCUCCCUGAGAAGUUUGCGUCUUUCUCUGGUUUCGCGUUCCCCGAUGCAUGACGAGACUCUGAAGUUUCCAGCGUCCACGAGACGCCUGAACUCGGCUUUUGGAAUCCUUGUGUCGCUGACGUACCAGGCCAUCAUUAUACGACAACAGUUCGGAAUUGCACGUCAUCAUCGUGUUCUUGGAAUACCCCGGGUAGUGCAAGUCAAAUUUGAGGUGGAUAGGGCCGGCACCGAACAGUAUUCAGGACAUGAAAUACUCUACCCAGACAAUAAGAAGAUGCGAGCAGAUCGAAUGAGCUAUGUGGUUGAUGGCACCGCACUCGGAUUGAACACAUGUCAGCCGAGCCCCAAAAGGACUGGAGUUGUGAGCUGUGUUCGUGGGCCGAACCCAGCUAAUAAUUCCAAGCUGCGCGGUGACCCAGAAAAUAACAUUACAGCUAGGGAGCACUCUUCUUUGGAAUUUGAAUCUCCUGAGCUUCAGCUGCUGAUCUCCCGGAAUCCGGUUUCGCGUUCCCCGAUGCACAAUGAAACUCUGAAGUUCUCUUACCAUCCAUGA